CGGAUCGGACGACUAAACCGGUCCGACUCGUUCUUUGGGACUGCCCCCUCACUCAAGCCAUCGCUGCACCAAAAGCAGCUCAAAUGUCUCUCUAAUCCCACAAUUUCACACACAAAAUAUAGCCAAGAAAAGCUUUCGCUUUUGAUAAUUUUCUGCAUCUGCAUCACUAUCCAAUCUUAAUGUCGAUCUUCGAGUAUAAUGGGAGCGCCCUGGUGGCGAUGGUGGGGAAGAACUGCUUCGCGAUCGCCAGCGACCGGCGGCUCGGUGUGCAGCUGCAGACGAUCGCCACCGACUUCCAGAAGAUUUAUAGGAUCCACCCUAAGCUCUUUAUCGGUCUUGCUGGCCUUGCUACUGAUGCGCAAACUCUGUAUCAGAGGCUUGUAUUCCGACACAAGCUAUAUCAUCUUAGGGAAGAGAGGGACAUGAAGCCUGAAACAUUUGCUAGCCUCGUAUCUGCAGUUCUCUAUGAGAAAAGGUUUGGUCCAUACUUUUGCCAGCCUGUUAUUGCUGGAUUGGGAGAUGAUGACAAACCCUUCAUUUGCACCAUGGACUCCAUUGGGGCAAAGGAACUUGCCAAAGAUUUUGUCGUCGCUGGAACUGCCUCUGAAUCACUCUAUGGUGCCUGUGAAUCAAUGUUCAAACCUGACAUGGAAGCUGAGGAAUUGUUCGAGACCAUCUCCCAAGCUCUGAUAUCGUCAGUAGACCGUGACUGUUUGAGUGGCUGGGGAGGGCAUGUUUAUCUUGUCACACCGACAGAAGUUACAGAGAGAAUUCUCAAGGGAAGGAUGGAUUGAUUUUUCAAGCACAAAAACUAGAAGGCUAUGUACUUUUUAAAUUGUACUCUAUUGGCUUUGCUUAUGUUGGGACAAUCCAUUGAUUGUUGGUGAUUCCAUGUCUAAUGCUAGCUUUUUUCCCCCAACACUCUAGAAUUCCUGCUGUGUUAAACAACAAACUCAUAUCAUUAGCAAUGUGGAGAUGUCGAAACGGGCCACAAUAUUUGCGUCGGUACUAUAUUGCAAUGAUUCUAUUUUUAUGCAUUUCACAUCUUUUAA